AUGUACUUCUCGCGAGAGAAUCUGCGGGCGUCGAUCCGCCAGCCGCUGCUGGAGGCGCCCGCGACGGCGCCUCCGGGGCCGCGAGGUCUCCCCGGGCCCGCGCGCCAGUCGCUGUCUUCGUCGACGUCGCCCUCGCCCUCGCCGCCGCCGUCUCCGCCGUUUUCACCCGCGUCGCUCCGCGCGGCGCUGCCUUCCACUGCGGCGGCCGCCGCGUCGUCUGCAUCACGCGGCGCCGCCUCCACGCCGGUCUCCUUCUCCACGCCGGGCGCGCGCGGGCGAGUCGACCCGCCUCCUGCGGCUCUCGCCGCCUACUCCUACGCGUCGCGCCCCGCGGUGCCCUGCGUCUCCGGCGCCGAGCUGUCUCCGCUGCCUUCGCCGUCUGCCUCCAGCGUGGCGCCGGAUGAUGCGGGGGACGCCGACGACUGGGAGCCGCGGCGCGGAGGCGACAGAGGCGACAUAGGCGACAGAGGCGGCAGAGGCGACAUAGGCGACAGAGGCGGCAGAGGCGACAGAGGCGGCAGAGGCAGCAGAGGCGACGGAAGCGAGCGCCCCGCGACGGCGGCUUGGCUGUCGACGCCGACGUCGCCUCCGGAGGCCUCUCCGUCUACCUCGGCUUCGCCGUCUUGUCUGUCGUCGUUGACGCGUUCGCCAGCGCGCCGCGGGCGGUCAGAAAGCGUGCUGGAGCCGGUGAGCGGCGGCUCUCUAAUGGGGGAGAAGAAGAAGACCCAGCGAUACCUGCGGCGGGCAGCGGCGACCGCGGUCGGGUCGCCCACGCGGGGCGGUGGGGCGUGCGACCUGCGGACCGGCAGCCGCGAGCCGCAGACCGAUCGCGGGCGACUGGACUCGCCAUGCACUCGCGGCAGAAGUCUCCCCGCGGACAGCUCGCACACGCGGCGCGCCGAGGCGUGCCGGACGACGAGCUGCGCGUCGCUCUCUCCGGCCGCUUGCGCUUCAUCGGGUUUCGGGGCCUCAGAGAGCGUCGCAAGAUCCUCGCAGACCUUGCCCUCGGAGUUGUCGUCGCCCGUCUCCCCGUGCUGCUCGCCCCUGGAGGAGGCGUUGUCGCUUUCUUCUUUUUCGCGCCCCCUGGGGUCGCUCACCCUCGCCGCGGGCCUCUCACACGCGGAGCUGCGCGCGCGCCGGAUGGAAGAAGAGGCAGAGGCGGCGGCGGCGCGGAGCGCGGGCGAGCGAGUGCGGUUCCGCGCGGCUGCAUGCGACGGCGCCGUCACUGCAGCACGCGCGAGAGGCAUGCGGAGAGCUUUCCGCGACGAGUCGCCGCCGCGCGCGGAAGCCUCAGCGUCGUAUCCUGCCACGCCGCUGCCGCCGCUCGCGCUCUCGCCGUCGGCGCCGCUGGUGGCGAGCGGCGCGCAGGGCGACCUGCGCCGCCGCCGAGCCAAGAAGUGGAGACAGGACCGUCGCUCGCUGAUUGCGAAGCGAGUGUGGAGCAAAACAAAGUUCCUGCGGCAGUUUGAGGACGAAAAAAACGAAGCAAAACCCGACGAAGAACGCUUCUACUUCCCCGUGCACUCCAUAUGCCAAGCCGAGGGAUACAACCUGCGGGGCCUCUACGAAGCUCUCGUCUCGCGCCAUUGCUACGCGCGCUUCCCCGACGACAGCGGCACCGCUUUGUACAUCGAGCUGCCGGACUACGAUUUGCCGCUUGUUGAAGUGAAGGCGCGGAGCCACGACCACUUUGAGCCGUUCCUCCAUCUACUGCCGGCGGGGCCAUGGCGCGCCUCCUCCUUCUCCUCGGCGGCGUCUCCGCUCUUCUCUUCGCGGCCUCAGGGGCGCGUCGGGCGGCGCGGCGCGAGCAGCUCGUGCUCCCUGGGGACUUGGUUCGAUUCGAUGUGCCUCGGAGAUGAGACGCCUGCGCUCUCUCCCCCGGACGCCUCCUGCGCCCACGCCUCCUGCACACACGCCCCGUGCGCGCCAGAUGCGCGCGACGCGGCGCCUUCCGCGGACAGCGGCGCGACCUGCAGCGGCGAGAGCGGCCGCGCGCGGAACGGAGGGUCGCACGCGGAGGAAAGACGCGGGCGCACGCUGUCGUCGCCUCGCUCGCUGCUUUCAGGCGAGGAGGACGGGCGCGGAACGCGCCGCGUCGCGCGGGCGCAGCCGGCAGCGCCGCCGGCGGAUGGCGAAGAGGCGACCCUCGCAGGGGGCGGCGCCGCGAGCGGCCGGAGAGGGAGUCCGCGACGCGCGCGUUUAGUCUCCUUCCGCCGCAGCCGGUCCCGCUCGAGCGUUUCGUCGUCAGCGUCUGGCGGCAAGCUCCACGCAGGCAGAUGCGAAGGGCGCGAGGAGGAGCCUGAGGAGACCGACUCGCAGCUCGACGAGGCUGGCGAGCCGCCUCGCCCCGAGUCUCGCGCGGGGCGAGGUGGGCGGACGUGGUUUCCGUCUGACGAGGACUCCUGCUCGCGGAAAACUGCAACGGGCGCGCGCAGGCGCCGCGAGCGCCUAGCCGCGUCGUCGGGGGAGGCGCAGGCGACGCCGUCGGCGGCCUCCGCCGCCCGCGCGCGGCGACAGGGCGAGGGCGGAUACGCCGCCCUGCGUGAGGAGUCCGCGGCUGCGUACCUGCCGCUAGGCGAGGCGGACGUGCCGGGCGACGCGCGCGUUUGCUGCCUGCGGCCGCUGCGCAGACGCGACGAGGAGGAACUGGACAGAGACGAGGCAGAGAGGAAGGAUGAGCGUCACGGCUCCUGUUUCGUCUUCGCAAACGGCGCUGUCGUCGUCUGGGGAGGCGGCGACGCCGGCCGGACAGAAAUCAAACGCGAGAUGCUGAGCAACCUUCUCUGGUUUUUUGGAAAAUUCGCGACGGGCCUCCUCCGCGUGGACAUGAAUCAAGAAGACGUGAUGUUUUACUGCUACAUCGACGACCUCCGCGGCCGCUGCCCUUCCUAUCAGAUCCCGCGAAGCCGCGUCAAACAAAAUCGUCUUUACCUGAAGACGCGACACGUCUCUGAGAAGCUGGCGGCAUCUUACGCGAUCGCGCAGUCCAUUCGACUAGACGUAUACGAGGCUCUGGUGAACGCGACGAUCUCGCGCGUGCGAGAGGUGCCGGAGCGCAUGUCCCGCUACGGCUGCGAGUGCGUCGAAGACCGCCACGAGGCCAGUAUGUUUUCGCUUCCUUUCGGCAGCUUCUUCAGAAAAGAAGAAAAUGAGGAAGAAGACGAAUACAGCAAGCAGUUCGCCGAUCUGUCUGUCAAAAUCAUCGACGUCAACAUCGUAGAAGACUUCCUCGACGUUCCCGAAUUUUUCUGGGAAGACGAUAAAUGGCAGUCCUUCUGGCAGCGCGUUCACAACCAUUUGGAGCUCCAAGAACGCAUCGACGUCUUGAACAGCCGCUACUCCUGCAUCCUCGAACUCCUUAACGUCGUCCGCCGCGAGCGCUCUCAAACGCACGAGUUCCGCAUGACAUGGAUUGUCGUCGUGCUCCUCGCGGCCCAGGUGGUUGCCGUCGCCCUGAAGUUCUUUGUGUUCAAUCCGAGGUGA